AUGAAAGAAGGUAGACAGGCUGUCAACUAUUAUGCAUUAGCUAGCAAAAGGGCUUUAACUAUAAUAAAGGGUGAUACAAAGAGGAGUAGAUAUGGUUGUGAAGAGGGGUGUCCUUUUAGGUGUUUGAUUUCAAAAGAUGGCAAAACUGAAGGGUUCAAGAUCAAGACUUUAAUCAACAAUCACACUUGUGAAGAGGCCUUUUUUAACCCUAGAGCUGAUUCAACCACUUUGGCCAAAUACUUCAGAAAUAAGCUUCAAAAUAACCCCAAGUAUAAGGUCAAAGACAUGAGAGGAGAACUUGAAAAUAAUUUUACAUUAAAUGUGUGUCAAUCCAAACUAAAAAGGGCUAAGCGUAUGACUCUUGAGAAGUUGGAAGGUAGUUUUAUAGAUGAAUACAAUAAACUUGAGGCCUAUGCACAAGAGAUUAGGAGGUCUAAUCCUGAAAGUGAUGUUGUGAUAAAUAUCUCCAAGGAUGCCUUAGCAGAAGGAAAAACACAAUUUUUAAGAAUGUACUUAUGCUUUGAUGCUCUGAAGAAAGGCUGGAAACGUGGAUUGAGGCCACUUAUUGGAGUUGAUGGUACAUUCUUGAAAGGUAGAUGUAAGGGUAUGUUGUUGGUUGCUCUAGGACAAGAUUGUAUGAAUAGUUUCUAUCCACUAGCAUGGGCAAUAGUGGACAAAGAAACCAGCAGGACAUGGAGCUGGUUCAUAGAGCUAUUGAAAAGGUCUUUGGACCUUAAAGAUGGUGCUGGAACCACAUUUACCUCAGAUAUGCAAAAAGGAUUGGUGGAUGUUGUUGACAAAGUGUUGCCUGGAGCUCACCACAGGUUCUGUAUGAGACAUGUUGAGAGUAAUUGGUGUAAAAAAUGGAGGAGUGGUGAAAUGAGGAAGCUUAUGUGGUGGUGUUCAUGGAGUUCAUAUGAUGAAGAAUUCAAGGACCAGUUGAAAAAGUUGGGACAAUUGUCAGAAGAAGCUGCGAGGGAUUUGGUGAAUUUUCCACCAAGGGCAUGGUGUAGGGCUUAUUUUGAUACUCAGUGUAAGAAUAUGACGGUUGACAACAACUUCACUGAGUCAUUCAAUUCAUGGAUCCUGGUGCCUAGAGGUAAGCCAAUAAUCAAGAUGCUAGAAAAGAUAAGAGUGAAAGUGAUGAAUCUGUUAGUGAAAAAUGAAAAUAAGACAAAGACUUGGGGUGCUAAUGGUGUUAGUCCAGAAUGCAUGAAUUUGUUCAAUGACUGGAGAUCUAUUGCACAUAGAUGUAAGGUGGAAUUUAAUGGAUAUUGGGGGUAUAAGGUUUCUGAUGGAGAAGAUAGACACACUGUUAAUUUAGAGCACAAAAAGUGCACUUGCAGACUUUGGGAUUUAUCAGGUAUUCCUUGCCCUCAUGCCAUUAAAGUAUUAAUACACAAAAAGGUGAUUCCAGAAACUAAAAUUCAUUGGUGGUAUACCAAGGAGGCUUACAUAUUGACCUACAAACACAAGAUGCAGCCCGUAAGGGGUGAGAGGUCUUGGAAGGUUGAGGCUUCUCAUGCAAUGUUGCCUCCUGAUGUUGUGAAACAAGUUGGAAGACCUAAAUGGAAGAGGGAUAGAGAGCCUGAUAAGGCAAGAAAAAGGAAGGGUGAAUGGUCACAGUCUAGAAAGGGCACUCAAAUGACAUGUCGUAAUUGUGACGAAUCAAAUCAAAAUGCAAAAGGUUGUUGCAAGGAAAAGUCAACUGAAAAUGCAUCAAUGAAAGGAAAAAGUCCAAUGAUGGAAAGCAAUUCGCAAUCAAGAAUAGUAGGACAGGAAGAUGAUCUUCAACAAAUACAAGUUGCAACGCAAGAUUUUGAACCAUAUGGUCCCAAUGUUGGAAAUGAAGAAGAUCCACCCCUAAGGCCAAUGGUAUAUCCUGAAUCUAAAUCUUGGGUUGAGAAGUUGAUGGCAAGAAGUGUUCCAACUGGUACAAGAAAAAUUAGUUUUACUGGAGAUCACACUGGUGUUUCAGUGCCAACUAAUCUGUCUUAUUCUCCAGUCAAGACAACCUGGAAGGGGAAAAAAGCAGUCUCUUCUGGACAAUUACAAAUGGAAGCAAAAAAAAAGAAGAACCAAAAUGGGAGUUAA